AUGCCCUCGAUUCGUUUGGAGGAAGGGAACUCUCUGAUAGACUAUGUGACAAGUGGGUGUGAUGCUUUGCCCGAGAUUCCAAGCUGCUGUUCGUGUAUUGACGACUCCCUAACGUUAUGCCGUCACAGCCGUCGAGGAGGCCUCCUGGCACGAUUUGGUGCACAUUGAGGUUCUCGUCCUGCGUGAAUCUAUACUGUGAGUGCAGUCGCAAGUCUCAAAUCUCAUCAAAAUGCUGAUCCUUCAAGUUCUGUAUCAUUCCCCAAGUGCAUCACUCUGGAACUUCGGCUGCUUACUCUACGUCUUACAGCGCCUCUCCCCAGAGUCGUCGACGUGGGGUUCGAUGCUCCGCACCGUGUGGGAACUCCUAUCGCCCGCUAAUCGGGAUCUCCGGUUGCCGCGCGAAUCUCGCGUCCUUCUUGCUCUUAUAUGGUUGCCCCUGAUGUUGGGCGUGUCGGCUGGUGCGAGGGUGUUGGGUCUGCUCGGUCAGCAUCGGUCCGAAUGGCCCCAGACGAGCAGCGGAAUGGGCAAAGUCAAGAUCUGUGUCGUCGCUUUGGCAACAACUCGUGAGCUGCCUCCAACUAUAGCAUCUUUGAGCCUUGCGUUGUUCGACGGGAGAGGGAAGAAACUUACCGAGCGGUUGCUUAACACAUAG